UCUGUGAGCUACUUUUUCGAGCAUAGAUAUAAUUAGACCACUGAACAUUAUCAUAUUCUUCAUGGUUUAACUGCAUAACGGCUAAAUGUAAUGGUAGCUUGUUUUUGCUUGUUAAAAUUUUGAAGUCAUUCUUCGCGAAAAUAAUUUUGAGCUUUUACAGCCAGUAGGCUUAUAAAUACGAUUCCUUUUCAGAUAGAAACUAUGAUUUUAUAAAUUAUUCGUAGAAAUUUUAAAUAAAUUUUAAUUAUCGUAACCAAGAAAGUGCUGGUCACUAAUUUUAAUGAGUUUCCAAUAGACAAGAAGAGAAGGUGUCAUUUGACGAGCAAGACGACUCUAAGCACAGCUGAUAGUGCAAUCAUCAACAACAUCAUGAUAGAACUAGAGUUUUUCCACAUAAUAGCUGGGGCAGUUGUGCUCGCCUUACCAGCAAUAACUCUGGCAGUCUCACACCAGGUGCGCAAGAGGAGUUGCAAACGACGCAGCAGUUCCAAGUCUUCCAUGUUGUUUAACUCUAAAGGAAAGAAGUGUGAAAUGAUUGCGCACAAGGGAGCGGCUUUAGAUGGACCCGAAAACACGAUAGGAGCCAUUCAUAAGGCGGCCUCCAAUGGAUUUGAUGGGGUAGAAAUUGACAUUCAGUUGACGAGUGACAAAGUGGCAGUGUUGUUUCAUGAUGACACGGUGGACAGAACUACUGACGGCACUGGCAACGUACGCGACUUUACCCUCCAGCAGAUCUCACAACUCAACGCAGCUGCAAAGUUCGACGGGACUGCGGUGUAUGCGAAAAGAGACUGGCCCAAUUCGGAGACUGUGCCUGUGCUGGCGGAUGCAGUAGACGUGGCCAUCAGCCAUGACCUAUUCGUCUUCUUCGACAUCAAAGACACUCAUCAGCAGACUUUGAAGCAACUGCUCGACCAGUUCAAACGAUACCCACAGCUCUACAGUCGUUCUGUCAUCUGUGCUUUCGACUUCCGCUUUCUAUAUAAAGUAAAGAGAAUAGACCCUAAUAUAGCCGUAGUGCCUAUAUACUCGAAGUUCUCAUGUCAUGCUCUCGAGGGUUGUUCAAGCCUUUCCUUCUUGCUGUGGCUACUUCCGUGGACUGUGGUACAGAUUUGUCUCUAUAUACUAUUCUACUACGUCAACCCUCUCUGUCUUGACCACGACGUAGUCUCAGUCGACCAUCGUCUCAUUAGCGAUGGAUUUCUGAGAUGGGCGGAUCAGUGGCGCAAGGAGGUGGUGGUGUGGACUGUGAACGAUGACCAGAAGAAGUUCGAGUUCAUCAAACACAAGCGACUAUCAGUCAUCACUGAUAGCCACUCCAUACGCACCAACUAGAGCACUCUCAAAAAACUUAUUCAUUUACUUGAAUAAACAUCAAGAUGCAGAAAGAAGCAAGAGAGAAAAAAGAGUGGAAAAUUAAGAUGGUACUUUUUUGUCGAAUUUGACAAACAGCAAAUGGGGAAAAUGUUCAUGAAAUGAAGCUUCAGAAAAAUAAUUUUUAAUAAUGCUAUAAAUUACUGUUGUUUAACAGGGGUGGAUUUAUAUUUCUUAACGAGCUAAGUUACGCCAUGUUUUGAUUGAUUGAAAUCGAUUAAAUUGAUUUUUAUGUGCUGUACUCAUACCCAACUAAGACCUUCCCCUCCCUUAAUCCUCUCUUGAUAUAGAUGCACUGCACAAAUUACACGUGGUACGCGAUUCCUCUUAGCUUUCACAGCUUUGUGUACUAUACUUUGUAUAUUGAGAAUCUGUUCAUAGAUACAUAAUAGUUUAGCCUCCUUGGCGAACUGCUAGUUACUUGAAGUUAGACUUAAAUUUGAAUUCAAUUUUAA